AUGAAUUCCAACAAUCAACUUUCCAUUUUUGGCCCUUCCUCAUCAUUGGCUAUCGAAGCCUUUAACGAACGUCGCGCCGCCCAGCAAGCAGAACGAGAGGAUCGCGAGGAGCGCGAAUCACAAAAGGAGCUGACCCACAAAAGCAAGACGGUCAUCUUGAGAGUACCUGCCGCUGAACUUGAUCCAUCGGCUAAGCCUAGCUUGAUAUUGAAGUUCAACAUCAAUUUCAGACCCAGAGCCGCAUGGAAGGAGAUCCCCAACGAAAUGCGAUUUUCGAUCCUCAAGUUUACUUUCCCUGGCCAGAGAAUGUUCGACUUGAACCUUCGGCCCUGCGUUUUGAUCGAUCCAAGUUUUGCUGUUCGCAGCGCUAUCGAUGAUCAGACGACCGAACAGCGCAACCUGAACUCCGCUGCGCAUGCUGCAGCUAAUGGUCAGGGUAAUGUCCGCGCUAAGCCACCAAUAGCACUAUUCAUCAAUAGGGCAACUCGACAAUAUGCGUUAGAGAAGUACAAGCUUUUGGAGCAGCCUUUAGCAAAUUUCCUCGGUACUUCUGAAAAACCAAUCGGCCGCGCGUAUUUUGAUCCCGAAGUCGAUAUUCUGUACGGUAAAUCACAGAUGACAUACAUAGCUCCAGACAAGCAAGAGGGCCCGAGGGUUAAUUCUUUCAAAAAUAAAGAACUGAUCCAGCGCAUUGCCCUUCCGUAUGAGUAUUUCUCGACUCUCAAUUACGAUGUUGGUCGUCGACCAGUCCUGUUGAAGUACACGUCACUCAGAGAAAUCAUCGUGCUGGUUCAGCACUUGCACUGCUGUAUCCACGGCAAUGAAACUCGAACCUCGCUCGGAAUACGAGGAACGCAACAUCCCAAGGAACACUAUGUCGAGAUGUUCAAGACCAUGAUGGAAGGCAAGUGGGCUACUGCUAUGGCGCAGUCUUGGGGAUCUUUUCCGUCGGUGAGAUAUGCGGGGACUUGCGAUUGCGAUAAUACUCCGUCCAGGAGAAUAGUUCGUAGUUUUUAG